AUGAAUAUAAAUGAUCCCAACAGUUGGGAUCACCAAUGCGGUGUUGGUACACUUGGCUCUUUUUCCAGCCAUCCAACAACAUCUUCCUCCAUCGCCGAAAUCCUCUCCGUCCUCUUCUUCAACACCAUGAGGUACAAAGUCAGCGCUCCUCGCGAUCCUUCCAGCGAUCGCUUCGUCCUUUCUAAAGGCCACGCUGCUCCAGCUCUUUAUGGGGCUUGGGUUGAAAACGGACACGUCCCUGCUGAAGAACUGCUGAAACUGAGACAGUUGGGCAGCGACCUGGAAGGUCAUCCAACCCCGCGCUUGAGUUUUGUCGAUGUUGGAACAGGAUCUCUCGGACAAGGACUUGGUAUUGCUAACGGAAUGGCCUAUGUCGCGAAAUACAUCGAUAAAGCCGAUUACAGGGUUUACUGUCUCAUUGGCGAUGGGGAGAGUGCAGAAGGUUCCAUCUGGGAGUCAGUCAUUUUCUCCGGUCACUAUAAACUGGACAACUUGGUGCUGAUCUUGGACGCGAACCGUCUUGGACAAACACAAGCUACCAUGCUGGGGCACCACCUUGACCUCUACAAAAAGCGGUUCGAAGCCUUCGAUUUCAAUGCUAUGAUUGUAGAUGGCCACAAUGUCGACGAAUUGAUCAAGGCCUUCAAUGCAGCUAAAACAGUUCAAGGAAAACCCACUGUCAUCAUUGCUAAGACGUUCAAGGGAAGAGACUUUCCAGGGAUUGAGGAUCAAGAAGGCUGGCAUGGCAAGCCUUUGGGCGCCAACACCGACAAGGUUCUGAAACAUCUGAAGUCUCUUCUGAAAAACCAGGGUCAGCUGAAGUUCACCAUUCCUUCACCCACAGCCCAAGUACCAAAUAUUGAUAUCACCAACAUCAGACUGACCUCUCCUCCAUCGUACAAGAAAGGUGAUAUGUUGGCAACCAGAUCUGCGUAUGGCACGGCUCUAGUCAAGCUGGCCAAGUGCAAUCCUAGGGUUAUUGCUCUAGACGGUGACAUGAGGAACUCGACUUUUUCUGAACAGUUGAAGAAUUAUAAUGCCGGGAACUUCAUCGAGUGCUUUAUCGCAGAGCAGAAUCUUGUUGAGGUGGCGAUUGGAGCUGCUUGCAGAGAUAGAGCUGUCACGUUUGCGUCCACUUUUGCUGCGUUCUUCACCAGAGCCUUCGAUCAGAUCCGCAUGGCCGCGGUAUCCCAAUCGAACAUAAACAUCUGUGGAUCUCACUGCGGGGUUUCUAUUGGUGAAGAUGGUGCCAGCCAGAUGGCGCUGGAAGAUAUAGCGAUGUUCAGAACCAUUCCAGGAAGUACAGUGUUCUACCCUAGCGAUGUGGUUGCUACCGAAAGGGCUGUUGAGCUGGCUGCUAAUACCAAGGGAAUCACUUUCAUCCGAACAGCAAGAGCUCCAACUGCAGUUGUUUAUCCCAAUGAUCAAGUUUUCCAGAUUGGAAAAGCCAACAUAUUGUUCAGUACCAACAAGGACCAAAUUCUAAUCAUCGCUGGAGGCAUAACUUUACACGAGAGUAUGAUCGCUGCCAAGCAACUUUCCCAAGAAGGAAUCGGCAUCAGGGUCAUGGACCUCUUCACCAUCAAACCCAUCGAUAGAGCUGCCAUCAUCAAGAAUGCUAACGAAGUUGGUGGAAAGAUCCUGGUGGUGGAAGACCAUUACCCAGAGGGAGGUAUUGGAGAAGCUGUUCUCUCCGCAGUUGCCGAGGAAACCAAUAUAUACGUUAAACAUAUCGCUAUACCAAGGGUUCCGCGGUCUGGAAAACCUGCUGAUCUGCUGAAUUAUUACAAAAUCGACGCGAAGAGUGUCGUGGAGCACGUUAAAGGCGUUUUGAGGAAAUGACUCAAUUGGAUAUGAGUUUUUUUUCCAGUGACCACUAUCCUUUACCAAAUACUGUUUUUUCACGGUAUUAAAGAACUUUUUUGGA